GCGGCAGAUUCUUUGAGACCAUCCCUGUAUGCACAAAGCCCCUUCUCCCUCCCCAACUCGCACUCUUUUCCCUCUUUCCCUCUCCUUUCCUCGGUCAUUAUUUAUCGGAGUGUGAGAGAGAGAGGGAGAGAGACCUCACGAUUCAGAGAGAGAGAGAGAGAGAGAGAGAGAGAGAUUAGGUCGCGUUUUCCAAUAACAGGACACCAGAAAUUAUAGAACGCGAGAGAGAGAGAGGAACCUUAGGUCGCGUUUUUCAAGUACUGUUCACCACAGAGAAUUAUUCUGCAACUUUUUUCUGUCUAAUAGUUAGCAUAAUGGCCGCAACAAACCCUAGAAGUCAGGCGAUUUCUCUUCUCGUGGCUGCUAAGAACCACAAUGAUUUGGCUGUGAAGCUUUCAUCUCUAAGACAAGCUAGGGAUAUUCUGAUCUCUAGCGAUCCCACUGUUGCUGCAGAGCUGAUUCCUUAUGUUGCGGACCUUCAAGACUCUCCUGAUUCGUUGGUUCGCAAAACCCUAGCUGAACUAAUUGGGGAUCUUGGUUUGAUGGUGGGGGAAAGAAUCUGCAUGUUGGUACCUGUCUUGGUGGCAUUUUUGAAAGACAACUCUCCUGAUGUUGUUAAACAGACAAUAGUUAGUGGCUCAAAAUUAUUUCGGAACUCGUUGGAAGAUAUUGCGCUGCAGUUCCUCAAAUUUGGUAAAGUGGAGAGAUGGCUUGAAGAGCUGUGGUUGUGGAUGAUGAAGUUUAAAGAUGCUGUUUGUGACACCGCUUUGGGGCCUUGUACGGUUGCAACAAAGUUGCUUGCAGUGAAGUUUCUCGAAACUCUUAUUUUGCUUUUCACACCUGAAGCAAAUGAUUGUCAGGCCCCUUCUCCACUUGAACUUAAAGAAGGAAGAGUGAGAGAUUUUAAUAUGUCAUGGGUAGUUAGAGGCCAUCCGAUUCUUGAUCUUGCUAUGCUGACUCAGGUUGCGAACAACAGUCUUGGUCUGCUGUUGGAUCUGCUGCAAUCGUCUAAUGUUCAGAAGCUCCCUACUUCAUUGAUCAUAGUUCUCAUCAAUUGUCUUGCAGCAGUUGCCAAGAAGCGGCCUCUGCAUUAUAGCCGUGUUCUCCCUGCACUACUUGGGUUUGAUUCGGAUACAUGUAAAGGAGGUCAUUCUGUGAGCAUUCAACAUUCCCUAAAGACUUCCUUCUUGGGAUUUUUGAAGUGUACACAUCCAGUUGUCUUGUCGUCACGCGAUCGAUUGCUUGUAGCAUUACGAGCAAUAAAUGCUGGAGACGUCGCUGAUCAAGUCGUAAGACAAGUAGACAGAAUGGUUAAAUAUGCUGAGCGAACGGCAAGGGAUUUACGUUUUGGAAAGGACGAACUUCUUGCAGGCGAUCCCAUUAGGAAGAGGCCCUUGGCUCCUGAUGAUGGGGCUGACACCAAUAAUGAUGAUAUACCUGCAAAACGUACUCGACUUGACUUAUUAUCAUCUCCUGAUCAACCUUCUCAAUUGAUUAAUGAUCAACUCCCAGAUAGUGGUCUAAUAAAUGGAACUUCUGGACCAGCCUCUUUGCUGGGAAGUGAGAUGACUCCUGUCCAACAAAUGAUUGCCAUGAUCGGGGCUCUACUUGCAGAAGGAGAAAGGGGUGCCGAGUCCUUGGAGAUUCUAAUUUCAAAGAUACAUCCAGAUUUGUUAGCUGAUAUAGUCAUGGCUAAUAUGAAAUACCUCCCUAAGGGUCCCCCACCUUUAUCUACUCGGCUUGCGAACUCACAGGCAGCAUCGCCAUGGCCUCCAGGUCUUGCCUCAGAUCUAAUACCAUCAUCUGGACCAGCUUCAAGUAGCUUGAACUCACCAUCUUUGGAUGCAUGUGCUUCUCCAAGCCUUCUCUCCGACUCAAAGCGUGAUCCUCGGAGGGACCUCCGUCGCUUGGACCCACGACGCAUAUCAACACCUUCUGGAACGCAAUUAGCUUCUAUGAAGACUGAGGAUGUGAGUGAUGUGCAAACUGGCUCGAAUGGUUCUGGUUCUUUGAGUACACCUCCGACUUCCCCUGUUGUGACAAUAGAUGAAGAAAGGGCGGAGCCCUUGGUAGACAGAGUUGAACCCGGGUCCUUAGAUGGUGCUAUUGCUUCUCCAAUCGGCAAUAUCACUGCUAAAGAAAAGUUAGAACCUAUUCACGAAGAUCUUGAGGUAGAGCCUGUUUCAGAACUUCCUAGUUCUUCAGAUUUGACAGUUUCAUCGCUUAGUACGAAUAAUGAAACUCAUCAUCCCAAAUUGGAUGAGACUGAAGUUGAUGAUGGUAAGGAUGCUUCUUGUCUCAAAGAAUCUGAUGAAAAUUCUUCUGCUGUCCCAACCACACCAACAUGUGAAGAGAUUCCCCAUGAGUUGCCUGAGCUUCCCCCAAUUGUGAUUUUGACGGAGGAACAGCAAGAGUCACUGACCAAGACUGCUGUUUCACGGAUAAUUGAGGCAUAUAGGCAAGUUCGUCUGACUGGUAGCAGUCAUAUUCGCCUUGCGUUACUUGCUCGUUUGGUUGCUCAGACUGAUGCCAAUGAUGACAUUGUCGGGAUGUUGCAGAAGCACAUAAUUGAAGAUUACCAACAUCAAAAGGGACAUGAGCUUGUAAUGCAUGUACUUUACCAUCUUCAUUCAGUUAUGAUAUCUGAAGAGGGAACUGAUUUCUCUUUUGAUGACUCAGUUUACGAAAAGUUUCUCUUGAUUGUGGCAAAGGCUUUACGUGAUUCCUUGCCAGCAUCAGAUAAAUCCCUCAGUCGAUUACUUGGUGAAGUACCGCUUUUGCCUGCCUCUGCUUUGAAACUGUUAGAGAAUCUUUGCCAACCAGAUGCAUCUGACCACCAAGGAAAUGAAUUGCGCAAUGGCGACCGGGUCACUCAAGGCCUUGGUGCUGUAUGGAGCUUGAUUUUGGGGCGCCCACUUGUUCGGCAAGUGUGCCUGGAUAUCGCCCUGAAGUGUGCGGUGCACUCACAAGAUGAUGUGAGAGCCAAGGCUAUUCGUUUGGUGGCAAACAAACUCUAUCACCUGAGCUACGUAUCUGAUAAUAUUGAGCACUUUGCUACAAAUAUGUUGUUCUCUGUUGUUGACGGUGAGCCAGUGGCAGAUGGUAAAAGCACAUAUUUGGACCCCAAUGAACAAAGAUUGCAAACAGAGGAGACCUCUGCUAGUGGGUCACAGAGUUCGGCUCCUGAUAUCCUUGAUUGUGUUGAAAAGGUUGCAAGAAAUGUCCCAGUUGUUUCCUUGUCUCAAGCUCAAUGCUGCAUGUCGUUGUUCUUUGCUUUAUGUACUAAGAAACCCAGUCUUCUUCAACUGGUAUUUGAUAUUUAUGGACGUGCACCUAAGGCAGUCAAGCAGGCAGCACAUCGGCACAUUCCUAUCCUUUUAAGGACCCUUGGGCCAUCCUAUUCAGAAUUGCUUCAUAUUAUAUCUAACCCACCUCCAGGAAGCGAAAAUCUUUUAAUGCUGGUAUUGCAAAUUUUGACUGAAGAAAUGACGCCUUCUCCUGAUCUGAUUGCUACUGUUAAGCAUUUAUAUGCGACUAAACUGAAGGAUGCAGCAGUCCUUAUCCCAUUGCUAUCCUUACUAUCAAAAGAUGAGGUUCUGCCUAUAUUUCCUCGACUUGUCGAUCUUCCACUGGAGAAGUUCCAGAUUGCUCUUGCUCGAAUUCUUCAGGGCUCGGCUCAUACAGGUCCAGCAUUAACGCCUGCCGAAGUGAUUAUUGCCCUCCAUGGGAUUGAUCCUGAGAAAGAUGGGAUUGCACUUAAGAAGAUAACAGAAGCUUGUUCUGCUUGUUUUGAGCAACGGACUGUUUUCACUCAAAAUGUCUUAGCAAAAGCUCUGAAACAAAUGGUUGAACAAACCCCUCUACCUUUGCUUUUCAUGAGAACUGUUAUUCAAGCUAUAGGCACCUUUCCAGCUCUGGUUGAUUUUGUUAUGGGUAUACUAUCCAGGCUGGUGGGUAAGCAGAUCUGGAGGAUGCCAAAGUUGUGGGUGGGAUUCUUGAAAUGUGCUUCUCAGACGCAGCCUCACUCAUUUCGUGUGCUAUUACAGUUACCUUCUCCGCAGCUCGAGAAUGCUCUAAACAGGUACCCCAUGCUGAGGCCUCCUCUUGCUGGCCAUGCCAACCAACCUAGCAUCAGAACUUCUCUCUCAAGAUCGGUUCUUCAAGUUUUGGGUCUGGUUCGUGAACCUCAGGCACCCUCCCCUUCACUUUCACAAGUAUCGACACACACUCCUGAUGCAGGCUCUUCUGUCCAGAGUACGACCCUUGCAUAGGCCUCGAGCAUGGCAGCAUUUUCAAGUUGUAUUAUAGAGUAUGGGUGGUGGUUGUUUUGUCUGCCACCCAUUGUCCAAGGAGCGCCAUUUGAGUUGAGCUCUUCAAAUCCCCAUAAAGAGGUUGUCAUGACGGGGAUAGGAGAAUUCAGAGGAAGUUUUGCCCUAAAAGUGCGUUUUGGCAGUUGAAGCCGAUCACCCUCAAAGAUGUACCAUAGUUGUAUCCAUAAAUUGAUUCGUAGCUUUUCUUCAUUUUUUUUUUUUCAUAUUUGUUGUCUUCUCAGAUCAACCUCACACGACCCAAGGCUUGUUCAAUUGUUCUUGGUUGAGUGUGUAUAUUAAUAGUUGUGAGGCCUGCAAAAUUUUUUAAAAUGUUUUUGGCAGAGGUGUUUACUGAUAUUUUUUAUUUAUUUUUUGUUGGUAAUGUGGGGAUGUUUUUGAUGGAAUAGAUUCCACCAUCAUAAAACUUAAACGUAAAACCAUGCCAAAUAAAAUAACUAUCAAUUGUCCUGGAUCAAAAUCCAAACAAACAAAUCUUGGCCUUGAUAUGGGAAACUUGCUAGGAUUUUGGGAGAUAAAAUAAUGGAAAAAUAUCGUCGUACCUUUUAAUUUUUAUUUUUAUAUCUCACUAGACCAAGGAUGCAAAACAUAUCUCCUAAACUUCCCAUUGACUCGAUCUACUUUUAACCAACUUUUUUAGCCCUAAUAAAUAUAAAAAUAACACUCGCAUCCUAAACCCUUUCUUUGUAUUCUCCCAAAUUUCUCUCUUUCUCCCAAACCCCUGCUCUCUCUGUAUCUUUUCCCCCACUUUCUCUCCCCAGGCCUCUCGCUCUCUGUGUUUUCCCAAAUCCCUCUCUUUCACCCUAACGCCUCUCUACCACUCCCUAGUGGGCCGGAUGUUCUCCCUGUGAGAGAUCAUUUCUUCUUCGAGGUCACACACAAGCUCAGAGAUAUCUACGGUUUGGAAAUCCGUUGAUGGAUUUUUGGGUGUCUUGGACAUUCUUCUUCACACGAUGGGUGGGGAUUGCAAGGUGGGUCUUUGGAUUUCUUGAGCACUCGUUGUUCACAGAAUGGGAGGGCAUUGCAAGAUGAGGAGGUUUCGAGGAAGGGAUUAUCAGGAAGGCCCCCUCCAUCUGAGUCAUUCAACUGCAGCACUCUGCCUUUCUGUGCUCAAGCGGAGGCCGCCGGCGGAGAGAGAAAGAGAGAAGUUUGGGGAAGAGAGAGGAGAUCCCCAGCUCUUGAUGGGAGAUUUUUAAACCCUGCGGAGAAAUUUUUCUCUAAAACCCUGUUUUUUAUGGGAACAUUUUCUCUCUCUAUCUCCAUCUCACUGGUUGCCCAUAUAUAAUUAAGUACCUUCACACCUUUUGGCCCUUUCUCUCUCAACCCCCCAACUCUGGCAACCCUUUCUGCGUGUUUUACAGCGGAUGCCAUCUGAACCCAUGACAAUUUCAACGGAUAUGGUUGUCCUCCGUGACUGAGAAAGUCCAAGUAAUUCUUAGAGAGAGAGAGAGAAACCCUACAAGAGAGGAGAGAGAGCUGUAGGGGAGAGGACAAGAGAGGGAGAGUGCAGUAUUACGAGAGAGAGAGAGGGAGCUUGGUUUGGGAGGGAUUUGUGUUGAUUCAUUUUAGAGAGAGAAAGAGAGAAUGGAUACUUGUGGGUACUUCAGCUAAUCGAUGUGAGGGGCUUAACAAUAUCCCAUGUCAAAAGCCAUUUACAGGUUCCAAACCCCAAGCUUCAAUGAAUAAAGCACUUGCGUUUUCCUUUU